UGAGAAUGUGCAAAUGCUAUGUAUGUAAUGUUUUAACAUAAACAACAAACAAACUCAAAAUUGUAAAUAAAAUACUGUAAUUUAAAAAAAAUCAAUGUUUUGAAUCUACAAAAUCAGUUCCCUAGAGUUCCCUAGAUUUCUUUUUUUUAACGACAAAAGUUAUUAUUUUUUUCUGCAUAAAACUGACAGUUUCAUCCUUAGCAACAAUGGAUCAAAAUAUAAAUAUUUUAACUGGUCAAUCUUUUUUCUUUUGUUGAUAUGUUCCUUCUCAACAUUUUUUAUGAUCUUUUUUCCACCUACAUUACUGUGAAUCAAAAUAAAACUUAUUAUCCUACCCAUUGCUAGUUAACUUAUUCUGCUACAACAGUAGUUCCACUUCAUUACAAGUUUAAUCAAAAUGAAUGUUCAUAAUAUAUUACUUUCUUUCAAAUCCUAUUUUUCCACUAUUUGCAAUGGUAAAUACAUUUUUUUAUCAAAACUUUCUGUUCUAUGUCUUGUGCAGUACUGUAAAAAUAAUAAAUUUUAUUGUUUAUAGAUGGUUGUAAGAGCAAAAAUAUUAAAUGGCCAUUAACUUGCCGUGGCGCACAGUUGAAAAUGGUACAAACUAAAUAUCAUUCAGUGUACGACGAGGUAUUUACUUUAUCUCCAAGUGCUCUACAAGAUGUUUGUUUAUGCAGCAUCUCAGCAAAUUUACCAGUCCUAACUACGUGUAAUGGAGGAGACAAUAAUGAGUUGAUAAAAACUAAAUUUACACAAACAUUAUCUAUUUCUAAUACUGUUGCAGAAAAAAUGCUGGAACAGUUUUCGAAAGAUGGUGCAAUUAGGGAUGACACGCUUAGUCUUUUUAGUGGUACAGUCAAGUAUAAUCUAAAGGUUUUAAAGCUUCCAGAGAUUGAUAUGAGUUCAUCUGGUAAGCAGUUAAUAGAAUACAAUACAUACAACUUACGCGAACUCCAACUUGGUUGCACCCUGGCUUUAAAUCGUUGGAGCAUGAAAAAAUUAAGGAGAUCUUUUAUGGGAAGUCAAUACAGUUUGACAUGUUUAAGAAUUAACCUCUAUCCUGCCGUCAAAAUUAGUGCUGGCACCAUUUUUGAUUUUUUUGUUCAAUUUCCAAACUUAAAAUCUCUGUAUUAUGACUCUCCGAUUAGCAACAAUGCUGAAGCCUUUACCAAUGCAAAUUGGGAAAGAUUGUUAAAGACUUGUAAAAUGCUCAAAGUAUUACGUAUUAAUGUGCAUGGAUCAUCCAAAGAUACGGAGCUUGACUCUAAACUUUUUUUAAAUGCUGCAAAUUUAAAAUGUUUAUCUCUAUAUUCAUUAUUAAAAUCAGAAGUUGCUAUUGAGAGUAUCGAUUGUGUUAUACAUUUCCUUGAUCUGCAAAAUCUGGUUGAGCUGGACCUAUCAGUUGAUGUUGAUCCUUCAGAUAGCUCUCUUAUUGAAUUAAAUUACGAAGAACAAGAGACACACACAACCAUCCUGGCUGGUUAUGUUAAUUCUUUCUUAGAAGCAUCUGAACACAAAUUACCAUUGUUAGAAUCGUUAGAUUUAUCAGGCAUUUAUAAUUUGCUUGAUCUAAAAAUACAAUUUUUUCUUGAUACACAUCCAAAUUUAAGAUUUCUUGGUUUAUGCAUGUUGCGCUCAAAGUUUGCAGUAAAUGCAGAGGCUGCUAAUUACUACCCUAACUUAAAGAUAUCUGGUUGCUUUCUUGAGGACCAAAUUGUUAUAUCGUUGCUCAAAUACUCAAUGAGAAUGACAUAUAUGAAAGAAGUACUAAAGGGUUUAUUUACUGUGUCAAGCGACUGGGAUAAAAGACGACCAUAUAUUUUAAAAAUUGUGCUUGAUGUGAUGGAACGUUUUAAAGGCUUUAUGCAACUGCAAAUGGCUGCUACAGCAUGUGUUUUUCAUCUUGCGAAAGAACCUGAAGGGGUUAAACCAGAUUUAAACAAACAUUUGUUGAGUGAAAUAGCCAGAGUAACGUCAAUGGUCUUGGUAUUGUACAAUGGGAAUUUACAGAUGGUUAAAAACUGCUUACUUAUAAUCUGCACCGAUCGCAUUCUACAUAAAGCUAAUUUUGAUCGAGUUGCAAUGUCGCGACUUUGUUUGAACUGCAUGCUGAGUUAUCAAGAGACAGUCGACCGUCACAUUACCAGAAUGGCUGUAGCAAUCGUGUCUAUUCUAGCUUGCAAGAUUUCAUCCAAAGACACUUCUAACUUGAUGCAGGAGAAAGAAAUGAAGCUUCUCUUGGAUAUUGUUGAAACAAGACUGACCAGAAACAUGAUUGAUGGCACACUGAAGUUUGAUCUCAGUGCUUUGUGGAAUUUAACAGAUGAAUCGCCACUAGCCUGUAAACUGUUCGUGGAUUUGGACGGGAUAAACAAAUAUUUGAGACUUUUACAGACCUUCCAAGGGGACAUGCAUAUUGAGACAAAAGUACUAGGGUUGUUGAACAACAUUGCUGAAGUGGAUUUCCUGCACGAUGUGAUGCUUCUUGAUAGGGAUUUAAUGAAACACGUGAGGAUUCUGAUUUCCAACGGGCAAGUACAAGUUAGUUAUUUCGCCUGUGGUAUCAUUGCCAACUUGGCGUUACGUUGGGACGAAGUUAGAACGGUCCUGUUACCAUCCGAGAAAAAAGCCAUACUUGAAGAAUUGGGAACAGCUAUAGAACGAUGGGGUGAUUUGAAAACUGAAAUUGUCACUUACAGAUCAUUUAAACCUUUUUUUGGACUUCUGCAAUGCGAAGGCAAACCUCAAAUCCAAAAAUGGGCUAUAUGGGCGAUCCAUCAUGUCUGCUCUUGUGCUAAGCAUUAUAAAGAUUUGAUGGGCGACGAUUGUUUAAUAUUGCUUGAGAGAAUCAGACAAACUUCAACAGAUGAUGUGCGUCUGUUAUGUGAACAAAUAUUUAAAGAUGUUGAAAAAUGGCCCAAAUUAGAUCGCACGUCGUGAUAAUAUAACUAGUUUAUAAAUUCUAUACUUUAAUGUCACAUAAUAUAUUUACUAUGUAUGUUUUCAUUCUACGAGAGAGAUCUGGGAACGAAGUAGGCUUAUUUGAGGUCAAUUUAAUAUUUUUGAAUCAAUAAUAUGGUCUGCGCCACUUCUUAUACUUUACUGUACCUUAUCCAC